AUGUGGACACCACAAUCCACAAGCCAAGUGACCCUGAGGGAGGGUGGUUGUGGUGGUGGCCACUCCUUUGAUAAAUUUGGAGAAACCAAGGCCAUGGAGACCAAGCAUGUAUUUCCCUAUCUUGUGCCUGGCUCUCUCUGCUGGAGGAUACCCCUGGUCACUACUCAGCCCACAGCUGGUUGGAUCCACACAGCUCAGGACGGCUGGGUCGUGUCCCAACACAGAAGCAGAAGAGGAUCCCUUGCCUGGAAGACCCAGGGAGCUGAAAGGAAAUCCUCUCAGAGACAUCCCACUGAUACCACGGAGAGUGCAGCCUCCCCAGAUAGCAACAGCUUCAUUGAGGACGUUGUUAAGUGUUUGCUGAACACAGUGAGCAAAGAGGAUCUGCAGCAGCUGCUGACUCAAGAUGAAGCCUGGGACAGUGUUAAGACAGAAGCUGAAUUGUCCAGGGAAGAAGCAGAUGAACUACGUGAAGCUCUGAAGAAGCACACAGCACACACAGCUGUGGAGGACAAAGACAGGCUCCAAGAAGUCCAGCAGGCUAAGGAGAGGACGUUGGCUGCAUUUCCAAAGCUGAAAGAGGAGGUUAGAAAAGACAUAGAAAAGCUUCGUGCACUUGCAGACCAGCUUGAUCAGGUGCACAGGGACUGUACCCUCUCCAGUGUGGUGGCUGGAUCCACCACAGCUGCCUCUGCAGUCUUGGGUAUCCUUGGUUUUGCUCUGGCACCCUUCACAGCAGGUGCUAGUUUGGUCCUCUCAGGAGCAGGGACAGUGCUGGGUUUAGCGAGUGGUGUGACCAGUAUUUCCACUAGCAUAGUGGAUUACUCAAAGACAUCGUCAACUGCAGGUGAAGCUAAAAGCCUGGUGUCAAACAUCAUGUGCAAACUGACAAGGUUCAUGCAGGAUAUAGGUAACUUCCCACCCAAAGUCGUUUCCUCAACUGAAAAUUGGAGUCAACACCUGAAAGACAUUGGGAAGACCAUAGGUUCCAUUAAGCAGGCUAAAGGUGACCAUAACUUAAUAAUCAGUGCCCAAUACGGCAUGUUGAUUAAAAAUAUCUGCUUGGGAAGUUGUAAUCAGCUGAACACAGCCGUUAGACCUUUCCUUCAGGUAAUGAGCAUGGCACGGAAAGCCCUCAGAGUUGUCAGCAUGGCCUUCUUUGUGAUAGAUAUGAUUGAUCUUGCAAACAACUCAAAGCAUUUGCAAGAAGGGGCAAAAUCAGAGUAUGCUGAAGAGCUUCGGAAGGUGGCUGCGGCACUGCAAAGCCAUUUGGAGGACCUGGAGGAGAUGUUCAGACUCAAAUAGUCAGACUCAAGUCAGUGACCCCCGCUCUUCAGCAGUGCAGCCGUCAGAGGAGAUGUGCUGGACAAAGCUGUGGGCAAGAGAAAGGCAUUUUAUUAGCAAGCAAAGAGGACUCACCCUCAUAAGGGCUCUCCUGACUGACAGUAGGGCAAGAGACAGAGCCUUAUCCCAGGCAAGUUUGCCUUUUUCACAAAUCUUAGCUCAUGUGCCUAAAUUUGAAGUGAAUCCUUGCUCCCUAUCUAAAUACCAUUCUAUUAAGGACUAUUAAAAAUAGUCCUCAUAUAUUGUUUUCUGAGUCUGUUUGAUGAUCAUGUAACCUGACAGUCUCACACUUGGCCCACAUCCGUGGGUCUGAUCCGCUUCCUCCCAACCCGCGUGCAUUGCCAGCACUAAUCGGAAGCAUGUACCUCAGCAGUGUUACUAAGAUGUAUCUGACUCAGUAAGAUGUGUGUACGUCAGCUGUGUUAAGAGGUAAAUGAUCAAACUGCACCUUAAGUCUAAUCACUGAACUAUGAAUAUGGCUAAUACUAAAAAGCUACUACACAGCUCCUUAUGACACAUUGCAUGUUUUUU